AUGGCGGCGUCCAAGGAGGACAAGAAGACGAGCGAGCCGCCGAAGGAGACGAAGAAGCCCCCGUCUGUCGUGCUCUUCUCGAACAGCCGGAGCGGCGGCGGCCAGGGGAAGCGCGUGCUCGACGCGCUCGGCGCCGUGCUCGGCGCGUCGAACGUCUUCGACCUCGGCGAGAACCCGCACCCCGAGCGCAUCCUGGCCUCGGACGACCUCGUCGCCGCGGCGCAGAAGCCGCCGGGUUUACGUAUUGUGGUAUGCGGAGGAGACGGGACGAUGACGUGGAUCAUGGCCGCGAUCGAUUUGGUCAAGGAGCGGCGGAGCCUGGGCGACGCGCACCGCUUCUACGUGGCGAUGAUGCCGCUGGGCACGGGCAACGACCUCGCGCGGACCUUUGGGUGGGGCGGCAAGUUCCGGAGCGCCUGUCUCCAGCCGACGUGGGUCGACGCCGCGAAAAAGGCGAAACCCGUGCCGCUCGACCGGUGGCUCGUGUCCGUCAUGCCGUCGGCGGAGGGCCAGACGUCGGAGAAGCUGCUGGACGUGCCCGAGCUCGGCGGCUCCUGGCGGUCCUACGACGGCACCUUCUCCAACUACUUCUCUUUAGGCGUCGACGCGGCGGGCGCGCACGCGUUCCACAGCGCGCGCCGCGCCAACCCGUCGCGGUUCUCGAGCCCGCUGAAGAACCAGGCGCUCUACGCGUGGCUCGGCGCCUGCGCGACGGGCGGUUUGUGCGGCUGCAAGGGCCCGCCGCCGAAGCUCGCCGAGGUGUCCAAACUGCUCGCGCGCGUCGACGGCGAGAACGGCUGGCGCGAGGUGCCCGUGCCCGGGGGCUGCCGGGGCCUCAUCGUGCUGAAUCUGCAGUCCUACGCGGGGGGGCGCGACCUCUGGGGGCCCAAAUCGGUCUGCCGCGACACGGCGCUCUGCUGCGCGUCGGCCCAGGACGUCGCGAACGCGGCCGCGGCGCCGGCGUGCGACGACGGCGUGCUCGAGGUCGUGGUCGCCGACGACGUCUUCUCCAUGGGCGCGACGCUCGUCGCGACGAACGGCCUCGGGGGCCGCGCGAAGCGCCUCAUCCGCGCCAAGGAGCUGCGGAUCACGACGCGGGAGCGCGUCUUCAUGCAGAUCGACGGCGAGCCCUGGCUCCAGCCGCCGGCGACGGUCCACCUCAAGUGCUUCGGCCAGUCGACGGUCCUCAAGCGCGCGAACUGA